AUGCAUUGCAUCAACCCAUGUUUUAGCGACGUUAGUUCACUAUCCGCCAAUUGCUUUUCUCUGCAACGUGGAUUACGCGUAUCAGGCAGACAUGCACAUAGCCUCCAGUUAUGGCAUGUAUCAUAUGAUAGAAAAAGAUUUUCCCUCAAGACUACAAAUUCAGAACUUUACAAAAGACAUUUUGUAAUUUUAGCAAAACCUUUUCAUUCACCAAUGUUGAUAUACAAUGAGCGCAAAAGAAGCCAUAUGAGAAUCCAUUCAGCAUCUGCAGAGUCUCUAAGUCAUGAACUUAUGGAAGAAAGUUGUGAACACAAGUUUGAAGUUAGUUCAUAUAAUCAUGAGAAUUCACAAGCAAAACCCAAAUAUGAAAACAUAUUCCUUAUUUUUGCACGCGUAGGUUCAGUCAUGAAUAAUGCAGCUGAAUCAUUUUUCAAGAGUGAGAUAAGAAGGAGAUUAUUUGUUACUGCUGCAUUACUUGUGAUUAGUCGUGUUGGAUAUUUCAUUCCUCUUCCUGGUUUUGAUAGAAGAUUAGUACCAGAGAAUUACCUUAGUUUUGUCUCGGGUUCAGUUGAGGAGCUUGAUGAGCUGGCACCCGAACUAAAGCUUUCCCUAUUCCAACUUGGAAUCAGUCCCCAAAUUGCAACAUCUAUUGUUAUGCAGGUACUUUGUUAUGUUCUUCCUUCAUUGGUCAAGCUUCGGAAAGAAGGGUUGGAUGCUAAUGAGAAAAUAAAGGGUUAUAUAUGGUGGAUGUCGUUAGGCAAAUGCGAGUCAAAGCUGCAAUACUAUGGCUUCAAACUUGCAUCUUCAACAAGAGAAGAGUCCCCAGUUACAGAGGCUUUCCUGCUAUUGUUGCAAGGUGGCUUGCUGUUGAGUAUAUUGGCCACAUCAUCAACAAUUCUUGAUCAUUAUUUGCGAAAAACGAAUGAAGGAUUUUCAAUUGGGUUUACAUCUGUUCUAAUCAUUGUGGGUUCAAUCAUUGAACUAAAACAAAGUUUCACGUAUAUAUGUAUUGUUGUCAUCGACCAUAUUAUUAUUCUUCUUUUUUAUGUUUUGGGGGAAGUUUUGAUUAUAUGA